AUUAAAAAAAUAUAUAUUCAAUUAAAUAAAAAAACCCUAUUUAUAUUCUUGUAUAUGUGUUGGUAUAUUAGUGAGCGUCUCCUUCACAAGAAUCCUAACGGGCAACAACUUUCUCUCUCAAGAAUCCUACUUUCUUCCUCUCCCUCUUUUUUCCCCUUUCUCUCAAACCCCAUUUCUUUUUUCUCUCUCCUCUUUUAUGGGGUUUUCAAUUUCUCUAUAAAUUUUCCUCCUUUUUUUUCAUAAUGUGGGAAAAUUUUUGAACAAGAUUCUGAUAAUGUUUCUGGAAUGAGCAUUAUGUUGUGGGAAAAGCAGCAAAAAAAGGAGAAGAAGGAUGAAAAAGAGGGUACCAAAAUUGGACAGGAAAAAGAUGAUAUUUUGAUUCCUCCUACAAAUUUUUCAAUGGUGGAAGAAGGGCUUUAUAGAUCUGGGUUUCCAGAACCUUCCAAUUUUGGCUUUCUUGAAACCCUAAAUCUCAAGUCAAUUAUAUAUUUGUGCACUGAACCAUACCCAGAAGAGUAUUUGAAGUUUCUUGAAUGGCAUAACAUUCAAUUAUUUCAGUUUGGAAUUGAGGGGACAAAGGAGACAAUCCCUGAGGAUGUCAUCUCUAAGGCUCUUAGCAUUUUAAUAGAUGUAAGAAAUUAUCCGAUUCUAAUUCAUUGCAAACGUGGAAAGCAUCGCACAGGUUGUGUCGUUGGUUGUCUUAGGAAAUUGCAGAACUGGUGCAUGAACUCAGUGUUUGAGGAAUACCAGCGCUUUGCAGGAGCCAAAGCGCGAUCAAAUGACAUGAGAUUUAUGGAGGGAUAUGAUGUAUUGCGCAUUAGACAGUCGCUUUACAGCCUCAUUUACCAGUACCAUGGUUAUGGUUCGAACAAGAGGCGUUUGCUCGACAGAGGAGAAGACAACACACCUAAACCUCGGAUCAAAUCAAGCUAGCCAAAGGGCAAGUUUCUGGCAAACCUUUUGUUUGCCAGAACUUUUGCUUUAUUCUUUUAUAUACUAAGAUGGGGAAGUUUUGUUUUUGCGGUGCUUUUGCCUACAUUGAUUCUCAAGUCACUUUGGGUCCUUUGCAACGAUUGUUGAUAUCUCACAUUUUUCUUUUUUCUCUUUUUUUUGUGUCUUUUUUUCUUUUAUUAUCCUCGUGACUGAUUCCAUAGUACUAAUUUGAGAGAAAAAAAAGAUGUAUUUUUCAUCAAUUUAAUGAAGGAAAAUUGCUUUA